UAUAAGGGGCCAGCAUGCCUCCGGAGGGCAAGAUUAGCUGGUGCUGCUUUGCAUGGUGUAGGCUUUGGAGUGGGGGGAGGAGGAGCAGCAGCAGCCACUGCCGAAGCCUAUAUUUACUCUUGGGAGACUCAUGGGCAAAAUCCGUUUAAAUGCUUUUUAAGAGAUCUCGGAUCCCCAGCAGCAACUGUGCCUCGGGGUGUUGCAAAAGCUCAGAGUUCACCGGCGAACCCCCCUGACAUUACACCUAGCCACCCAGGAAGGAGGAAGGCUUCGGGACCUGUGUGUUGCAUACUUAAAAACUAUACCACCCUCCUGACAGAGACUUGAGAAGCAAGAUCCCCCCUCGGUGGUGACGAUGACGGGCUGCUUGGACGAUCUGGACAUCACAAUGGUGGAGGAGGGCUUCACCACCAAGGACCUCCUGGAAACCCUCCUAAAAGAGGCUUCCCAGAGGGGUAGCCGAGAAGCCUUCUUUGUGGCAGAUCUUGGAGAUGUGGUGAAGAAACAUUUGCGCCUCCUCAAAGCUUUGCCCCGUGUCAAGCCCUUCUAUGCUCUGAAGUGUAACCGCAGUAAGGAAGUGGUCCACUUGCUGGCAGGACUGGGGGUCGGAUUUGGAUGUGCCAAAAAGCCAGAGCUGGCACUGGUGAAAAGUGCCGGAGUCCCAGUGGACAGGAUCAUCUGCACAGGCCCCUGCAAGCAGAUGUCCCACAUCAGGUAUGCAGCCAGCCAAGGAGUGCAGCUGAUGACUUUUGAUAAUGAAGUGGAGCUCGGGAAGGUAGCGAAAAGCCACCCAUCUGCCAGAAUGAUUUUGAGCCUAGCGACUGAUGAGUCCAGGUCUUCUGGCUGUCCAAGUGUGAGGUUCGGCGCAACCUUGAAAUCCUGCCGGCAACUACUAGAGACAGCAAAGGAUAUGAACGUGGAGGUGGUCGGAGUCAGCUUCCACAUUGGAAGCGGCUGUACCGAUCCUCAGAUGUUCACUCAAUCUAUAGCAGAUGCUCGCCUGGUCUUUGAAAUGGGUGCAGAAUUGGGCUACAAGAUGCACCUCUUGGAUAUUGGAGGUGGAUUUCCUGGUGCUGAGGAGGCCAAAGGACGCUUUGAAGAGGCAACAAAUGUGGUCAACUCUGCCUUAGACCUAUAUUUCCCAGAAGGCUGUGGAGUGGAGAUCAUUGCAGAACUGGGACGCUACUACGUGGAUUCGGCCUUUACUUUCAUGAUCAACAUUGUUGCCAAGAAGGAAGUUCCCCUGGAUCAGCCGGGCUCCGACGAUGAUGACCCUGGAGGCAAGAAGAGCUUCGUCUACCACCUGAACGACGGUGUCUAUGGCUCCUUUAGUUCUGUCAUUUUCAACAACACGUGCCCCGUCCCAAUUUUGCACAAGAAGCUGUCUCCUGACUCCCCCUUGUAUAGCAGCAGCCUCUGGGGUCCUACGGGGGAUGGCCUGGACCGCAUUGCAGAGGGCAUGGACCUCCCCGAACUGCACGUUGGGGACUGGCUGAUCUUUGAGACCAUGGGGGCCUACACGGGACCGGCUUCCUCCUCCCUCAGUGGAGCACAGCCAUCACGGAUCCACUAUGCCAUGUCCAGGGUGGCUUGGCAAGCAGUCCAACUCCUGCAGGGGAAGCUGCUGCCUCCAGAAGAAGAGGACCAGGAGUGCACAUGCGCCCCGCUGUCUUGUGGCUGGGAGAUCACGGACACCCUGUGCGUCACCCCCGUCUUUGCUCCAGCAAGCAUCAUGUAA